CGUCGGGUAAUUUUUCACGUGUAACAUAAGUUUUCAGAGGUGUUCAUUUUUAAUGUUACGCAUUAGCAAUUCAUUAAAUGUACUCCAUAAUAUUUUAGAAUAUACUAGACUUGUUAUAAUUUGUAUCUGGAGACUAGGGUUAGAAUCCGUGCAGUCUCUGCGGGCAGCUGAUGGCCGUCUCUAGGACGACUAGAGCAGACAGCCGUAAGGUGAAACAUGUAAAAUUGUAAACUAGGCCUUAUUGGUCCCAUUUCGGUUGUGAAUAUCACUCUCUUCUCAUCUCUGGUUAGCUGAAUGGUGAUAUCUAGAGUUGACAACGAUGCAAAGCCUGAAGGCUGCAUGUGAGGAAGCUGAACACAUAUUGCACAUUGCAAAGAAGUGCCCUCAGUCUGUGCCUCAUUACCAGGAGAGGAAUGGCAACAUAUUUUUCUCAGUUCACCAGAAACUGAGGGAGCUCUAUGAGGAGGAAUGUGCCAGAGAUUCACAGCAACCUAAUAAGCAUCUCAGAUCUUGCUCACAUCUCGUGGACAAACUUGUGAAACGUGAGCGCCUGAACACCCUAAUAGUGAACCUGUAUCCAGGAAACAAAGGCUACUCCAUUGGUAUACGUAUCCACAGCAAAUCAGGAGGUGGCAGUAGCAGCAGCGGCCAUCCUAUCACUGCAGCCAGUACUAGCAGCUCCGGUAACGGCAGUGGUGGUGCUACAGAAGGCAUCAUUGAAACGAUGCGUUGGCCUUACCAAGAAGAUGAACUUCUGCGUUACAUUGAUAAUGAAGAAUUACCUCCAGUGAUUCUUGAUCUGUUGGAAGCAUCAAAUCCAGAAUUGUUUUACAGUGGUUGUAUCAUAGCAGAAGUUCGAGACUACCGGCAGGCAUUGCAGCAUUGUGUUUAUGAUACACAUCAUGUGCUUCUUCGGCCGACCACACAGAGUCUUCUCUGUGAUGUGAACUUAUUGACUGCUGACGGGGAAUGGAAUGCAGAAGAUAGGCUAGCCUUGGAGAGUCAGCUGGUUCUAGCAACACAAGGCCCCCUCUGCCUGGAUCCUUCACCUGCUGUUUCUAUUGUUAGCAAUCAUAUGCAGUAUCACCGUCAUGCUCUGAACACUCAACCAUUGAGGCAUUGUGCUAAGAAAUUCUCUCAGGUUUCAGUGAACAGAAAACGAAAACUAGAUCAGUACUCUGCCCAUCAUGAUAUGCAGUUAUAUGAUUUCAUCACCCAACGGAGAGCAAAAACUCAUAGUUUACCAGUUUCUAAUAGCAGGUUGUUCAAGAAGCCGUGUGAAAAUGGUCUUCUGGUGCCUCCUCCUGCUUCUCCACUGGACUCUAAAAUGCCAGACCUUACAGUACCUGAAGGUGGUGUGGAUGUUAUGAGGUUUGCCAGAGCAUAUGAACGUCCACGUGAAACAAAUGACUGCUCCCCUCAGCUUGUUGAGGAGUAUAUCUUAGAAUCAGAAGGUCCUGAGGGAAAAGUAAACCACAUUAAGCUAUCCAUACUUCAGCGGCCUUCCAACGCUGAAUAUUUGGGGGAACUGUACGUUGACAGGGACUACAAAGAGAAAGAGGAAAAUGGCACCUCAUGCAAAUUUUUCCUGGGGACAAGAGUGCAGGCUAAUCGUUACAUCCAGCAGUUCACAGAGAUAUUUACUGAGGAGGGGCGUAAGUCCGUCAGAAUUACCCACGUUGUUCCUGGUCAGCCUACAAGAGUGACCUGUACGUCAAGCAUGAGGGACAGAAAUGCCAGAGUGGCACAGCAGGCCCAGGCCCAGGUUCAGGCGCAACACUUCCAGGCUCAGGCACAACAAGCACAGACUCAAGUGCACAGUCCAAUUCAGAUUCAAAACCAACAAACUGUUCCACAGCAAAACCAGCUGCUCCAAGUUUCAAGUCAGAUACAGCUGUCACCAAACGUCCAUCUACAAAUGCAAACAUCAAAUCAUAUCCCAACCAAACAAAUUCAGUCUCAGAUUCAAAUGCAAACUCAACAACUUCAAAAUCAACAUAUACACACUCAUAAACCCCAAGUGUUAAGUCUUAGUAAUUCAGUAGUGUCACCGCCACCUGUGACAAACAUUACCGGUGUUACAAAUAUAAGUAAUUCUUCCAUUAACAAUUUGUCUAGUGUGACACAAGCAAAUAUUAUGAAUGGAACAAUCGUUGCACCAAAUGUUGCAGGAAGUAGUUCAGUGUUGCCAAAUGUUACAAAUUCUCUAACGUCGCUAUCAACAGCAGUAGGAAUGGGAGUUGGUGUGUCAUCAGUGGCAGGUGUUACAUCACAGAAUUCCAUCAAGAAUGGUUCUGCUUCAUCUUUGACAUCACAACAUCAGCCUCAGAUGCAGUCAUCAAUGCAACCAGCACCUAGUCAGGUCCAGAAAUCUUCCCCAAGUGGUACACGUCACUUAACAAACCCAGCCAUUAGUGCUUUAGUCACCAGCCUCAUGAACUCUGCACAACAGUACCAACAGCAACAGGCUGCUGCGGCGGCGGCAGCAGCAGCUGCAGCCACAGCACAGACAAAUUCAAGCACAUCUGCAGCCACAAACACUGUUCCUGUUUCCAGUACUACCUGUGGUACUGGAUUAUCGGUCACAAAUUCAGUGCAAGUGACAAGCAGUUCGAAUAAUGCUACUAUGCUAAGCCUUCUGAGUAGUUCUCAACCCACAGUGGCAAGCAGUAACACAAAUGUGAAUCCAGCUACUGCUCAAGCUAUCAAUCAGAAGAUUCUUGCCCGAAAAAUGACAUUAAACCUCCUGAACUCACGCUUGAUGAAUCAUAGUACCUUGCCUAAUAAUAGUGUUACAAGUGGGAAUGCAUUAGUUCAGAAUAAUGCAACAGGACAGCAGCAGCAGCAACAACAACAACAGCAACAGCAACAACAACAACAACAACAACAACAACAGCAACCAGUGAGAGUGACUCUGUCAUCUCUUGCAUCACAACUUGCUGCUCCUCCUGCAACAACACCACCACCACCAUCGCAAACACAACAAGCCUUCACCAUCUCAUCCAACAGUUCUGGGCUUACUACAUUACAAGCCUCCAACAUGGGUUUCUCUUCUGUUCCUAUUACUACACCAAAUGCAGGUGCAAAAAAAACAACAUCUCAGCAAGCAGUAACAUUGAAUCACUCAAGCAGGCUUCUUAACUCCUCGCCAGCAUCAAGACGACUAUCAGUGACUUCACUAGGGAAUAGUGCUGCUGAAACAAGUACAUCAGCAACUGGGUCUAACCUUGGCCUAUCAAUGCCUGGACUUUCUGCUCUCUUAGCAGGGACUCCUUCUGCAGACAACCCAAUUCCAGGUUCAGGCAACUCAGCAUCGUCUCUCCUUGAAAGACUUACAGCAUCAUCAGCUACCUCAGGGACAAAUCCUCCUUCCCCUUACACGCCUUUACCAUCUUCCAGUCCUAACACUCAACCGUUUGCUUCACCAUCGUCUAAGAGUCAGUUCCUAUCACAGUCCCCAUCACCCAAGAACAACCAGCAGCAACAACAAACCCAUUUUCCAUCCCCCUCGCCUAAACCUCCUGCAACCCCUUCACCACUCUCAAGUCCUCCGCAGUCCAGUGUUAAUCUUAAUCUUCAGGGACUUAGUUUGGCAAGCCUGCAGGGGGCCGUGGCCAGUAUCCCAGGUCUUCAGAAUGUUCAGGUAUCCAUUCCUGGGUUGCCUGUACCUAUCUCUCUGUCACUUAAUGUAUCAACAUCGUCAGCCCACUCAGCAGGUGUGAUAGUGACUGCGCUCCCAGUCACCACAACCACAGUUACCUGCACAACCACCACCUCUAUGGCAUCAUCUAGUGCUGUGUCUGCUACCUCCACCUUGGGCCCAGCAGGCUCUAACCCAACCAUGGUGCUCACUAAUACAACCCCUGGUACAGGCUCUGUGCUUUCUCUACCUGUUGUUUCGGCUCAGCUUAUGACGUCUAGCGUCAAAAAUCUGAGCCAGCAAAAUGUUCGUACUGCUGGACCAACUGCCUCAGUCUCAAUAGCACAGGGUGGUGGCAGUAGUGGUGGUAGUAGUGGUGGUAGUGGUAUCCAGUUUGUAGGAUUGCAAAGGCCACGGGGUCUUGUGACAGCUAACCAGUUGUCAGUGGCAGGAAAUAAACAGGCAUUGGCUGCACGACAAAUUGUCAGCACUCAGAGGCACGCCCUCAAGAUGGCAACACCUAACACAGUUGCAGGUCCAGCCCAAAUUGCUGCUUCCUCGUUAGCUUCAGGAAACCAAGUUGUCACUCUCACAGCACAGCAACAGUUACAGUUGGCACUUCAGAAACAGGCCCAGUUUCAACAGCUCUGUUUGAAUCAACAGUCACACCAGCAGCAACAGAAGCCUACAGUAUCACCAGCAUCUUUGGCAUGUAAGCAUCGGAGAAGAUCAAAUGCAGCUGAUCCAAACAAAUAGCAGCUGUUCUUGUUGCAGUUUUCUGAGUCAGAAGCUGGCCUAUUCAUCCAUGCCACGUCUCAUUGCGAUGCUCACUACCUCGGUAUAGUUGCUAGUGAAAGUAAGUCAGCUGAAAAUAAUGACCUUGUAACUUUGGCACAGUGCUUACCAUAAGAGUUUCUUAUUGCCAUCCAGCACUUUCUUCAUCUUGUUCCAUUAAUCUGUUAUUUAUAUACCUACCAUUGUUUUACUGUGUAAAGUUGUAUGUGUCCCUGUUACUUUGCUUCAGAUCAGUUCAGUGAAAUUGUGAACCAGGCUGGGUGGAUAAAUGAAAACAAUUCACAUGUUAAUCAGAGUAUGUUAAACGUAAGACUUCAAGCUUUCACAGUGAAUGAAUGCACUGAAAUUUUCUUGGGCCAUCAGGCAUCAUAUAUGAGUUAAAAAUUGAUAUUUCAAGACCUGCUAUAUCACAUAAUGUUAUACUGUAGCAUCUUGUUGCACUUUGUAGGCCUGAUUUUGUGUUCCACUUCUUGCCAUCUGUCUGAAACUUUAUUUCAUCUUCUUUUCUUUAUUUGUACAUCCUGGAUGUUUCAGCCUAAUUGGCCAUCAUUGGGAACUAUAAGUUUCUGUGAUUUUGCUCUACUUUUCUUUUGUGUAAAUGCCUCGGACUGUUCUAGGUUAUGUGGGUUAUCGUGCUAUUGCCAUGCAUAUGUUUGUUUUAUGGUUUUGUUAGUUUGUUGAAUUUACUUUGGUUCAGUCUGUGUCCGUCCUGAAUGUUUUUGUAGGAGCAAAAGCUUGCUGCUUGGCGCUCAGCCAUCAUGGUCAUGUAAAUGACCAUUACAGAAGAGCAGCAGAUUCCUUCAUCACAACAACUUAUACAUCUGAUGAUGGCCAAUUAGGCCAAAACAUGUGAUAUACAAUGAAGACAAGAAGAUGAAUGAAUAUUAACCGAAGUUAUGGAAGUUGAACGUAGACUGCAAGAAGUGGAACACAAAAUCAGAUCUUCUAUAUCUCUGUUAUCAGGGUCAAUAUGUCAAUGGGCAUUCCUCGCAUUCACCUUGACGAUGGAGACAGCAGGUCUUUGAAAAAUUUGUUUUUGAUUAAAAUUUCACUACUGAUCACCCAAGAAUAUUUUAGUACAGAGUAUAUCAUAGUAUUUUCCCAUCCCUCUUUCAGUUUUCUUCAGUUUUACUGAGAGUUUAUGGAACUCUGCAGUAACUCCUAAUAUUCUUUAAAGACCUGAAGGUUGGACACAUAGAAAAAUUCUGAAGUUUACUCAUGUAGUCAAAAUUGGUUAUCAUGAUUCAGGGGAUGCUAGGUCAUACAGCUGCAGAUGGUGUUGUAAGAAGCCAAACAAAUGUGAGGGGAGAGACAAAUUGACAUUAAGAGCAUGAUUUUGACUUUUCAUAUUCUCCUAUUUUUGGUACCCCUUACUAGAUGCCCUUUAGUGGAUUGUGGUGAAAUGUUAUAUUCUAUUUUUUUUACAAGAGAUUCAAGUGAUAUUUCUCUAUCCUUAAAAUAAAAAAUCUAAGACAUUAGGUUAAUCAUUAUUAUAUUCCCCUCCACCCAUUAUUGUAUUAACCCUUCCGCACCGACAUCCGUGUGCUGCACAGACCCUUUAAAUAAUCGUAUGCCACCGACAUCGGUGCAGUGUACCGACCUGCGCAGUGUUAGCUUUGAAGGACGUUGCUGACAAAACGAGGAAAGAUAUUCCAAUUUUCUUUUAGGAGUACAUAGAUUAAGGUUUCAUCUUUCAAUUGGUAUAUGAGUUAUUUAUUUUGGACGAAUUUUUAGCACGGUAUUUUUAUUUUAUAUCGUUAGUGUAAUAGUUCGUACUUUGGUCUCAUUGCGCCUAGAUUGCAUUGAAGUUUUUCAAAUUCUAAGUAAGGAAAAUGUAUAAAACUAUAUAUCUUUCGACUCUAUGGUCUUUGCUUGUCUAUAUGAGUCACUCACUGAAACCCCAGACGAAGGUUUUCCUUGAGUGGGUUGCUGUACACUCUGCUGACACAAUGAAGUAGUCAAACAAGAGGGUCCUUUUUUCUUGGAACCAAAUGCAACCUAAGAAAACAAACUUACGAAUGAUACAGAAAUCUAUGAUGUCAUAACACUUUCUUCUCUCAGUCGCGCCAUAACCAUGGCCUCUACAAGUAGGAAAGUUUUACAGGACGAUGAACUAGAUGAGCUCCUUGCUCACGACUCGGAAGUUAGUGAGUUC